GUCAUUACUCUUAGGUCUAUACUUAUUUUCUUUAUCCCCCGUUUAGGGCUUUUUCACGAUUGCGCUGCCUCGCUGCACCCCUCUUCCUCUCUCUCCUCCAUUGAAGCGUUCUCCAAAUUCUCCAUUGAAGCGGAUUGUGAGCUUCUCUCCUCCAUUGAAGCAGCUUCUGAGUCUCCUACUAUAGAUAGUGGAAGAUGGCAAAUGCGGAAGCAGCUUCUGCUGCUGCUGGUCCUAGGUAUGCGCCAGAUGAUCCAACCCUUCCAAGUCCUUGGAAAGGGUUGAUUGAUGGGAGCUCAGGCCUUACAUAUUACUGGAAUCCGGAGACGAAUAUCACUCAAUAUGAAAAGCCAGGUAGUGUACCUCCACCAGUUCCAUCUGGUGUACCACAUGUUGACAAUGCAUCCCCGGCGACUGUGCAGCAAGUACCACAGCAUGUACAAACUGCUGAUGCUUCUCAGUAUCCACAGCAAUAUAUGAAUCAGUUAUCUCAUCAGCAAGGACAGUUUCAAGGUCCUCUAGCUGGACAAAUUUCUCAGCAGCAGGGUCAGUAUCAGGGUCCCCCUACUGGACAAAUGGCUCAGCAGCAGCCUGCGCAAGUCCCCCCAGCAGGGCAGCAGCAAUAUGCACAUUAUGGGCAAGGAUUGGCUCAAAGAGGCUCGCAGAUAGGUCAAGCCCCGAUGCAACAGGGACAGGCAGCACAGCAACAUCAUUAUGGAUCUCAAAUGACACAGCAAAGUGGUCAACAGUUACCACAACAAGGGUCACAGACAGUGCAACUCCCCGUUCAGCAUAGUUCUCAGCAGUUAGGGAAGCAAGCACCGGGGCAGCAAGGUCCUGCUGUAGGACAAUCACAGGGGCAUCAUUUUAUGCCUCAUCAAAUGCAUUAUGCUGCUUACCAGCAACCACCGAUGCUCCCACAGGGGCAGCAAAAUGCACAACCUCACCCUCAGCUCAUGCCACAAGGACCACAAUUCUCGUAUCAACAAGAUAAUAGAAAUGCAAUACCCCAGCAGCAAGAUGAUUCCGAUAUUUCUAAGAUUAAGCAAACCGGGACAUCCAUUUCUCAGGUUGAGCCAAGUGGUCGUGCAGCUGGUCAUGCUCCACCAUCUGUCAAUGCUUCCAAUCAUGGAUUGCACGCCAGUCCUCUCUCUGGUCAAUCAAUACCCUUUGCUUCCUCUAUGCACAUGCAUCAACCUCCAUUAAAUGUUAAACUGCAGGAGAGUCGAAAUGAUAUUGUCAACCCACAACACGCUUCCACUUACCAAAAUCAGAUGGGCCAAUCCAUGAUGAAUAGUCAGCAGCAUGGCUUGUCUCCUGUUGGACGAAAUCUGUGUUAUGAUGAAACCCAGCAACUACGAUCUGGGCCAGGAUAUCACUUCAAUGCUAACAAGGAAGCACCAAUGACGGCUCCUCAUCACCCUAAUCUUGCUGCCCUACCUAUGGCGCGAAAUCCGCAGGACUUGAGGAUGGGUGCUUUCCCUCAUCAAAAUGCGCCACCUGGCCAUGAUGGUAAUAUGAAUAUGAUAUCUGCACAUGGGGUGCAUAAUCAUGCAAAUGUUGAUCUACCAAUUACUAACCAACCUUUUUUGAGGCCAUCUCCAAUUAUGCCUGGUUCCUCAGAUGUUAUGAACAUUUCUUCAGUCGAGGCUUAUCGACAGCAACAUGAAGUGACUGCUUCAGGAGAAAAUGUUCCUGCCCCAUUCAUGACCUUUGAUGCCACUGGUUUUCCCCCAGAGAUACUAAGAGAGAUACAUUCUGCUGGAUUUUCUUCACCAACUCCUAUUCAAGCACAAACAUGGCCUAUUGCACUACAAAACAAAGAUAUAGUGGCGAUUGCAAAGACGGGUUCUGGGAAAACGUUGGGCUAUUUGAUGCCUGCAUUUAUGCAUCUAAGACAGCGGCGUAAUAAUCCACGGAUUGGUCCAACAGUCUUAGUCUUGGCACCGACUCGUGAACUUGCUACACAAAUUCUAGAGGAGGGCAAUAAAUUUGGGAGAUCUUCCAGGAUUUCUUGCACGUGUUUAUAUGGUGGAGCUCCAAAGGGUCCUCAGCUAGAAGAAUUGCGCCGUGGAGCUGAUAUUGUUGUGGCAACUCCUGGUCGUCUCAAUGACAUUCUUGAGACGAGAAAUAUUGAUCUUCGACAAGUUUCGCUGUUUGUUCUCGAUGAGGCAGAUCGAAUGCUUGACAUGGGCUUUGAGCCUCAAAUACGCAAGAUAGUGAAUGAAAUGCCUCCUCACAGGCAAACUCUCAUGUACACAGCAACUUGGCCAAAAGAAGUCAGGAAAAUAGCUGGUGAUUUGCUCCGCAAUCCUGUGCAAGUGAACAUUGGCAAUGUUGAUGAACUUGCUGCAAACAAGUCUAUCACACAGUAUGUGGAAGUUGUACCACAAAUGGAGAAGCAAAGACGCUUGGAGCAGAUUCUUAGAGCCCAGGAAAGGGGCUCUAAAGUUAUUGUUUUCUGCUCUACAAAAAAGCUCUGUAAUGAUCUUGCACGUAGUAUUGGACGCAGCUUUCCUGCUGCUGCAAUUCAUGGGGACAAGUCUCAGAGUGAGAGAGACUAUGUAUUGAAUCAAUUCCGUUCCGGGAAGUCACCAAUUUUAGUUGCAACUGAUGUUGCUGCCAGAGGCCUUGAUAUAAAGGACAUAAGGGUGGUGAUAAAUUAUGAUUUUCCUACUGGUAUUGAAGACUAUGUACACCGAAUCGGUAGGACUGGCAGAGCAGGGGCAAUUGGAAUGGCUUAUACCUUCCUUUCUGAACAGGAUUGGAAGCAUGCUGGUGAUCUGGUUAAAGUGCUUGAGGGGGCUAACCAGCAAGUCCCUCCACAAGUGAGAGAAAUGGCUCUCCGUGGUGGUCCUGCUUUCAAUAAAGACCGUAAUGGAAUGAAUAGGUAUGAAUCAGCCCCUGGUCCUGCUUUUGCUGGCGGUGGACGCUGGGAUUCUGGUGGUCGUGGUGGCAUGAGGGACAGAGAUGGUGACAUUGGAGGUCGUGGUGGUGGUGGUUUUGGCGGAUUUCGUGGUGGCAUGAGAAAUGAUGGUUUUGGAGGGCGUGGCAUGAGAGAUAGAGAUGAUUUUGGACGUGGGGGGCGAGGAGAUUUUGGUGGCCGUGGAAAUAGGGGAGGGCGAGGAGGAUUUGGUGGGCCUAGUGGUGGGUAUGGAGGUCGGUCCAGGGAUGAUUUUGGGUCCAAUGAGAGGUUCAACAGUAGAGAUGGUGGAUUUAGCCGUGGCCGUGGUAGAGGGCGAUUUGAUAAUAACAGGAGAGAUGUGACUCCAAGGAGUAGAGGAAGGAGUUACAGUUCUAGCCCUGAGAAGGUUCGUACUUGGGGAGGUUAUAGCAGAAGUGUGAGUCGUAGUCGUUCGCGAAGUAGAAGUCGAAGCUGGAGCCGCAGUCGAAGUCCCCGCCGCAGUUAUAGCCGUAGCUACAGCCGUAGUCGGAGUCGUGGUCGUAGCCGGAGCCGCAGUAAUGAGAGGCCUGUCAGGCGGGAACGUCGUCCUUCUGGGUUUGAUAAGCUUCCAGAACCAGAAAAUCAAGAACAGAAGGAUUUAGCAGCAAAUAAUGUUGGCCCUCCUGCAGAACCACAAAUAACCAAUAACAAUUCUAUACCUGUAUAUGAUGCUGGGGCGAAGUUAGGGAUGAAAGAUGAGCUUACUGUUUUUUCAGGUGUGGUCAAUCAAUCUGAUCCACAAGCUGGUGAACCCUAGAGCUUUGUAUUUACUCUCUGAAGGCAUUAUUUUCUGAAGGUUAAGCCCUGAUUGAAAGAUUUGAAACCUUUCAAUAUUAAGAUAAGGAUGGGAGUGGGGAGGAAACCUUACCGAGUUACUCGAUGCAUUUCAUGGUUCUUUCAACAUCAUCUUGCAGAAAAUUAAAGCCUUUUUUUGGUUAAAUUGCAACUUUUUAUCUGGACUUGCACGAUGAUUUCAUUUGAAGCGCAGCCUUGUGUUUUACAUCUCGUCUGCCACUAGCUUAUUACAUGCUUAAGACCUCGAGAUAUUUUGGUAAUGUUCACUAUGUAUUUUCUUCUGUAGAUCUAGCAUAAAUUUAAAAUAUUUUUCUCUUAGUAUUUUAUACUCCGUACUUGAUUUUUAAGGGCUAUUUUGGCCUAAGGAUGAAGCUAGCAAUUGACUUACACAAGUUGGUUGGUCAGUAAUGUUUGGAUUAUUUGUACCUCGGCUUUAUUUAGUAGCAAAAUUGAGUGACUAUUAUAUUACUACAAUCCGCAUUUUUAAUA